GCUUGGGUCUUUUUUCGCUACAGCCUUCGCCGGGCAGGGGCCGGGUCGGAAGGUCGGGUCAGCUUGGGGCGGAGGGGAGCGGAGACCCCGUCACGCCGCCGAGCGUGCCCUAGGCUGGGAGCGCGCACAAGGCUUGGGCUAUUACAUGCUCAGUUGUCUUAAGAUGGAUGGGACAGAGACCCGACAGCGGAGGCCAGAUGACUGUGGCAGGCCGCAGGAGCUGGGACUGUCACUCCCCCUCAGCAUAGCAAGACUCCUUGCAGCCCCAGAGGGUACACCUCUGACAGUCUUCAAGAGCCAAAGGGUGGCCCCCAAACCACUGGAGACUGAUUACAGCAAGGAGACUGCCUUGUCCAUGGGCCUCCAGGUGGCUGUGCCCUUUGUGUUUGCAGGCCUAGGGUUGUCCUGGGCUGGCAUGCUUUUGAACUAUUUCCAGCAUUGGCCUGUAUUUAUGGAAGUUAAAGACCUUUUGACAUUGGUGCCACCUCUCGUGGGCCUCAAGGGGAAUCUGGAGAUGACGCUGGCAUCUAGGCUCUCCACAGCUGCCAACACUGGACAAAUUGAUGACCCCCAGGAGAAAUACAGAGUCAUCAGCAGCAACCUUGCCCUCAUUCAGGUGCAGGCCACUGUUGUGGGGCUCCUGGCUGCUGUGGCUGUGCUGCUUUUGGGUGCUGUGUCCUGGGAGGAGUUAGACUUGGCCAAGGUGGGGUUGGUGUGUGCCAGCAGCAUCCUCACCGCCUUCCUCGCAGCCUUCGCCCUGGGAAUACUGAUGGUCUGUAUAGUAACUGGUGCUCGAAAGCUUGGGGUCAACCCAGACAAUGUUGCCACACCCAUUGCAGCCAGCCUGGGAGACCUCCUCACACUGUCCAUUCUGGCUCUGGUUAGCAACUUCUUCUUUGGACACAAAGACAGUUGGUUUCUAAUGCCGCUGGUCUGCAUUGGCUUCAUGGCUCUGAUCCCCUUGUGGGUCCUCAUUGCCAAGAAGAGCCCACCUGUCGUGAAGAUCCUGAAGUUUGGCUGGGUCCCCAUCAUCCUGGCAAUGGUCAUCAGCAGUUUUGGAGGGCUCAUCUUGAGGAAAACCAUUUCUAAGCAGCAGUUCAAAGGCAUGGCCAUAUUCACUCCCAUCAUAUGUGGUGUUGGUGGCAAUCUAGUGGCUAUUCACACCAGCCGAAUCUCUACUUACCUGCACAUUUGGAGCACACCUGGGGUUCUACCCCUCUGGAUGAAAAACUUUUGGCCUAACCCACAUUCUACUUUCUGUAUGCCAGAAACCAAUUCGACAUCAGCUCGAGUCCUGCUCUUUCUGGUGGUCCCAGGCCAUCUGAUUUUCUUCUGUGUCAUCCACCUUGUGGAAGGUCAGUCAGUCACAAGUAGCAAGACUUUUGUGGCACUCUAUCUGCUAGCAGGCCUGAUCCAGGUGGCAAUCCUGCUGUACCUGUCAGAGGUGAUGGUUCGGCUGACUUGGCACCAGGCCUUGGAUCCUGAUAACCACUGCAUCCCCUACCUCACAGGGCUGGGGGACUUUCUGGGGACUGGCCUUCUGGCACUCUGCUUCCUCAUUGACUGUUUGCUGAGGACCACAUUAGAGCUAGAUAGCAUCCCAGACCUGGCAUCUGGACCUCCUUAACUGGGCUCAGCUGGCCCCAGUGGCUCAGUAGAAUUUUCUCUCACAGCAACGUGAUACAGAAUGCAGUUUCUCCUUUGCUGGGUCCUUGGCAUUGCCAACCCCCAGUCUCUGCAGUAGACUUUAGUCAUUGUGCUCAGGAGACACACACACCUCAGCUCUGCAGUUGGUACCUGGGUCCAUGACAGAGCCCCGAAGUCAUUAAUAUGGUUGUGAGUUUGUCGGUGUGUGUCCAUGUGCUGGGUGUGUGUGUGAGUGAAGAGUGGAGUGUUCCAGCCUGAGCAGCCAAGGGUAUGUUUCCAUGUGCUGUGCAAAGCGUUUGCCCCUUUCCAAGCUGUGCAGCCCAGAUUGGGAGGGAGUAGGAAGGAGCUCCUUUCUGUCCUCAAGCCUCAGGACUCUCAAGCUGUGGCUUAACUGUUGUCUUUCUCAGGUUCAAGGUCCCUGGGUGCCCCUGCUGCUAGGCCCUGAGAAUGUGCAGCCUCCCCAGGGCUGAGCCUUGCCUGCCACUUCAUCUGCUCCCAGCAUUUAAUCUUGUCAUUGCUUUCUUUUUGUUUUCCUUUUUCCCUUUUCAUUAUCAGAAACUUCUCUUUAGAUUUAGUUGUCAGAAAAUGUAAAAUAAA